AUGGAAAACGUCAAGUUGAUCCAAGAGCGUUUGAGGAUGACUCAGAGUCGCCAAAAGUCCUACACAGAUGUGCGGCGUAGAGACUUGGAGUUUCAAGUUGAUGAUUCAGUGUUCUUAAAGGUUUCACCUAGGAAAGGUGUGAGGAGAUUUGGCAAGAAUGGAAAAUUUAGUCCUAGAUACAUUGGGCCUUACAGAAUCCCACGAAGGUCAGUGUUCCACGUAUCCAUAUUGAGGAAGUGUGUGGGAGAAUCAUCGUUGAUUGUUCCUACUGACACUAUAAUUGUUAAGGAUGGCCUAACUUAUGAAGAGGUCCCUAGAGCCAUUCUUGAUCGUCAGGUUUUUAAGUUCAGAACUAAAGAAGUAGCCUCAUUAAAAGUAUUAUGGAGGAGUCAAAAAGUAAAAGAGGCUACAUGGGAAGCUGAAGAAGACAUGAAAUCCAGAUAUUCACUCUUGUUUGAAGAGUAA